UUAUAAUCGUAGCUGCGAUGGCGACGCCGAGCGAGAAGAACUGCACGAUCUUGCUCUUCUCGGGGGUGGAGAAGGGUGGCGCGCAGCCCCCCAGCCAGGAUGAGAUCCUCAAAGGUCUAGAAAGUGCCAAGAUUGACGAUAAGAUCCGUUCGCUAAAAGCGGCAAUCGUGGCGCUCUUGAACGGCGAGAAGCAGCCCCGCGUGCUCAUGCAGAUCAUUCGGUUCUGUAGCACGAAGGAAGAUCACCAGCUGAAGAAACUCCUCAUGAUCUACUGGGAAAUCGCGACCAAGUACGACGAACACGGCAAACUGCUUCCCGAGAUGAUCCUCGUUUGCAAUGCCCUACUCAACGACCUUAACCACGCCAACGAGUACGUCCGUGGGUGCAUGCUUCGUUUUCUGUGUAAGAUCAAGGAAAAGGAGCUGCUGGAACCCCUCAAAGAUGCCGUCAAGGCCAACCUCGAGCACCGCCACUCGUACGUGCGCAAGAACGCCGUCAUGACAGUGUAUACCAUGUACAAGAACUUUGGGGACGCGCUGAUCCCGGACGCGCCGGAACUUAUCGAACGCUUCAUCGUGACCGAAUCGGACUCGAGCGCGCGCCGCAAUGCGUACUUGAUGCUGUUCGAUUGCGCCGAGACCGUGGCGGUCAACUUCCUCAUGAACUCGAUGGACCAGAUCCAGAAGUUUGGCGACGGCUUCUCCCUCGUCAUUCUCGAGCUCACGCGCAAAGUGUGCCGCGUCGAUCCUGCUCAGAAAGCCCGCUUUAUCCGAUGCAUCUUUCAGCUGCUCCAGUCGUCGUCGGCCGCUGUGAGCUACGAAGCUGCUUGGACGCUGGUCACGCUCAGUUCCGCGCCGACCGCCGUGCGCGCCGCCGCCAAGACGUACGCUGGCCUGUUAAAUUCACAGAGCGACAACAACGUCAAGUUGAUUGUACUGGAUCGUCUCGCCGAUCUCAAGAAGCAUCACACCAAGGUCCUGCAGGAGGUCCUCAUGGACAUCCUCCGCGCGCUGUCGUCGCCGAACCUCGACAUUUGCAAGAAGGUGCUGGACAUCGCUAUGAAUCUCGUGAGCCCGCGCAACAUUGACGAAGUCGUCGGUCAUCUCAAGCGCGAAGUGGUCAAGACACAGGAGAAGGGCCGCAUGGACAAGGCCGCCGGGGACGACUACCGCAAGCUCCUCAUCCGCAGCAUCCACGCGUGCGCCGUCAAGUUCCCCGAAGUCGCGCACCAAGUCGUGCACCUCCUCAUGGACUUUCUCAACUCGGACGGCGCCAUGGACGUCGUAUUGUUUGUCCGAACCAUGUGCGAGACGUACCCAGACCUGCGGCCGAGCAUCGUGCAGAAGCUGAUGCUGUCUCUCGGCGACAUCCAGUCUGCCAAGGUCUUCCGCGUCGCGCUCUGGGUCCUCGGCGAGUACGCAUCGGACCAGCCGAGUGCCGACACGGCCGUUCACGUUGUGGUGGAGGCGAUUGUGGAGGUACUUGGCCCCCUUCCGUUUUCCAACGAUGUCAAGCCCCCCGUGGACAAGUCGGCGACCCCCGCUGCCAAGCCCGUCACGAAGAGCGUCGUGCUGGCGGAUGGCACGUAUGCCACCGAGACGUCGUACGCUGUGGACCCGGCAGCAGUCGCGGCGUCCGCAGGGCUCUCGCUCCGCAAACUCAUUUUGGCCGGCGAUUUUUUCCUCGCGUCAACCGUGUCGUCGUCGCUGACGAAACUGGCCGUCCGAGCCAUGACGCACGACCCCGCGAGCGCUGCGAACGGGCCGGUCAAGUCGCUCGUCCUCACCGUGCUGCGUUACAUUGUCGCGUUCCUUUCGUACGGCCAGGACGCCGCAGCGUCUCCCCUGAUUGAACUCGACGAAGACUCGAAGCGCCGCAUGCUCGUGUGUGUCCGCAUCUUGACGGACCCGACGUUCUUUGACCGCAUGGCAACCGUGCUGACCAAGGACUGUCGGGCGGCGUACCGAGCCGUUCUCGACGAUCAAGCGUCGGCGGCAGCAGCUGCGGCUGCCGCUCUUGGCGAUGCCGACGCGCCGCAAAUCGAAGUGGACGAUCUCAUCAGCUUCCGCCAACUCCGAGGGAAGAAGGCCCUUGGCUCCACAGACAUUGACAUCGACGACGGCGCCGACCUUAGCCGCGCGACGGACGGCCCGAACGAAUACAGCGGCAAGCUGCGCGCCGUCCACCAACUCACCGGGUUCGCCGACCCAGUCUACGCCGAAGCAUACGUGACUGUCCAUGCGUAUGACAUCGUGCUCGACAUCCUCGUGAUGAACCGCACGCCCAACACUCUGAACAACCUGAGUGUGGACCUGACCCCCAUGGGCGACCUCAAGCUCGUGGAGCGGCCGGCGUCCAUCACGAUCGGGCCGCUGGACUCGCGCACGAUCCGCGCCAACAUCAAGGUGUCGUCGACCGAGACGGGCCACAUCUUUGGAACGAUCGUGUACGAGUCCGCGUCUGGCGCGGACAAGACGUACGUCAACUUGAACGACAUCCACCUCGACAUUAUGGAUUACAUUGUGCCCGCGGACUGCGGCGACACGCACUUCCGCAGCAUGUGGGCCGAGUUUGAGUGGGAGAAUCGCGUCGCGGUCAACACGGACAUCACGAACGUGUUUGCGUUCCUUCAGCACAUUGUGGACAAGACCAACAUGCGGUGCAUGACGCCGACGGCAUCCCUUGGCGGAGACACACACUUUUUGGCGGCGAAUCUGUACGCCAAGAGCAUCUUUGGCGAGGACGCACUGGUGAAUUUGAGUGUGGAAAAGCUCGACAAGGGCAAGAUCGCCGGGUACAUUCGCAUUCGAAGCAAAACGCAGGGCAUUGCGCUGAGUCUGGGCGACCGCAUCACGGCCGUCCAACGGGGCCACGAAGAACCAUCCAAGCGAAAGAAAGUCGCCGCGUAACACGUCGUCCGACGACGACGACGCGCGCGUAGAUAUGACGGAAAACAACAUGGAGAAAAAAAAUGAAUGGUUUACGCUCGUGUGCGCGCGUCGACAGGCCACGGAUCGAG